AUGAGUUCAAAACUCAUCUCAUGGAAUCUCAGGGGUUUAAAUGCCUAUGAUAAACAGGUGGCGUUGAGGGAUAUGAUUGCUGCUCACAGAUGCAUGGUGUGCUCUAUUCAAGAAACUAAGAUUCAACAUCUUUCGAGCUGGUUUGUGAGACAGAUUUGGUAUGAUUCGUAUUUUGGGUGGGAUUUCAUCCCAUCACAAGGAAGUGUUGGGAACAGUGGAGGACUUUUAACUAUUUGGGAUAGUGCGAAUUUGGAGCUUCUAGAUAAGAAAGUGGGUUUGAACUCAAUUUCUUGUUUGUUGAGGUACAGAAGCACAAGCUUUAAAUUUAUUGUUACGAAUGCCUAUUCUCCGUGCGAUUUCAAUUUGAGGGAGGACUUUUGGAGAGAUCUGGCAGAGAUAAGAAACUGGUCAGCAGAGGCGUGGUGCUUUGCAGGGGACUUAAUUGCAGUUCGUAGUGAUGCGGAGAGGAACAAACCUGGAGGGGAUACUAGGAAUAUGGCUUUCCUGAAUAAUUUCAUUAUGGAGCAGGAGUUGAUUGAUUUUCCCCUUAAUGGUGGAGCGUUCACUUGGAGUAACAAACACGCUGAUCCAACACUGUGUAGACUUGACAGAUUUUUGGUGUGCACUUUGUUUGAUGCUAAAUUUAGUGGAGCAACACAGACUGCACUGGUACGUACAAUAUCUGAUCAUAAUGCGUUAUUACUGGAUUUGACUCCUGAUUUUCGAUGUGCUGCAAGUUUCAAAAUCGAGAAUCACUGGCUGAAGCAUCCGGAUUUUAUAAAGUUGGUGGAAAUUUGGUGGAGGACAAUGGUAUUUGAAGGCACACCAUAUUAUGUUCUGUUUCGUAAAUUGCAAAAUUUAAUUUUUUUUAUAAAGGCUUGGAGUAGAGAGGUGUUUGGUAAUGUUAAGAAGGAGAGGAUGAGUUACUGGAGAAGAUUAAAACUUUAA